AACUUUAUUGCAUUGAGACAUUUGAAUUCUCUUCAUAACAAUUUCUCGAAGAUUCACAAGGUAUGAAUGAUGCAGAAACUUCAACAAGAUGCGUUUAAGAUUUUCAUGGCUGGUGUUCGAGCAGUGGCGCCUUGUAAAUUGACAUUGGAGGCAUUGAAAGUUUCACGUGAUAAACUUUUUAUACAAGACAAAGAAUACCAUCUCAAUCAUAAUGUUCACGUGGUGGCGUUUGGUAAGGCUGUUUUUGGCAUGGUUCAGGCCGUUGAGAAGGUUCUUGGUUCCCACAUUGUCCAAGGUGUCGCAAGUGUGCCAAUUGGCACGCAGAAUGUAAGUGAGACGAUCAGUUCGACCAACUAUCAGCCAUUCAGACAAACAACUGAGUCUUCCUGUAGUUCAAAUGGAAACAAAAUAGAGAUUAUCGAAGGAGCAAAAGAUAACUUCCCAGAUGAAAACGCGCAACGUGCCGCGAUUAAGAUAAUGAAAAUUGCAGAAAGUGUUAAGGAAAACGACAUUCUGUUGGUUCUUGUAUCCGGGGGAGGAUCAGCUCUUCUCCCCUUGCCUGUCUCGGAGAUAUUGCUGGAAGAAAAAAAUCAGACUACAAGAAUUUUAUCUAAGAAAGGUGCGAGUAUAGUUGAAUUGAACACGGUAAGAAAACAUUUAUCAAGAAUCAAAGGAGGGAAAUUGGCUCAAGCUGCCUAUCCUGCAUCGGUUAUCACUUUAAUCUUAUCUGAUGUUCUUGGGGAUCCUAUGGAUAUCAUAGCAUGUGGUCCUACCGUUCCUGACACGUCCACAAAAAGAGAUUGUCUUGAGAUUGUCGACAGACUGAAUGCUCGUCUUGAUUUGCCUGUCAAUGUUAUAAAAUACCUUAGCAGUGAAUUUGACUUACGAAACACUGUAGAACUUGACUUCUCACACGUCAACAAUAUUAUAAUUGGCAACAAUACAGUAGCAGUUGAUGGUGCAUCUUGGAUGGCAAAAAAGCUUGGUUAUGAUGUCAUUAUUCACGAUAUAUCUGUAAGUGGUGAAUCUAGGGAUGUUGGCGAGUUCUAUGCUAGACUGAUAUCUUGUGAGGGAGAAAAGCAGCUUUCUGGAGGAAUAAAAGAAAUUGGCGCGUCAGAGAAAGCGUUGUGUAUCCUAGGUGCAGGAGAAACUACUGUAUCUGUUCAUGGAAAUGGACGAGGAGGUCGUAAUCAAGAACUUGCUUUGGCUGCCGCCAUUGAAAUGAAUAAAUUUUCGAUGAAACGAAAUUAUCUCCUGCUAAGUGCCGGAACAGACGGUCAAGAUGGUCCCACAUCAGCUGCAGGUGCUUAUGCGUUUCCCAACAUGAUCACAAUGGCAACAGCACAAGGUCUCAACGCAAUGAUGUAUCUGAAAAACAAUGACUCUUUUUCAUUUUAUACUCAGUUUGAAAACGGGGAAUAUUUGGUUAACACUGGACUAACUGGAACAAACGUAAUGGAUUUGCACGUCUUGUUGUCAUCGUAAAAUCGACAACACAAGGCACAACACAACAACAACACAACACACAAAUUAAUAACAUGAGCGCCGCUGCCUGAAACCGGCCAGGGUUUCUAAAAACCUUUGCUUAAUUUGUCUCUGCUAGUUUUCAGGUUUUUGUAAACUUUACAGCAUUUAAAUUCCAAUUAAAAUCAA